AUGAAACGAACAAAGUCUCUUGAUCUGAAGGUUUCUGAGUUUCAAACCUUGAUUUCGAAAAAAGUUAAGAAGCUGGAGGAUAAUUACAAUUUGUUGCAUGAAAAAGUUCAUGUUGUAGCUGGUGCAAUAACUCACUUGGUUAAACGCAACAAGGUUCAUUCCAAGGAUCACAAAGACAAGUCUGAAAUUGAUGACAAUGUGUUUGAGAAAGUUGAGGAGUUUUUAUCUAGUAUUAAAGAUACUUUAACGAAAGUGGAUCUUUCGAAUCAAUCUUCUAUCUCUGAAGAAUGCAUUUCCAAAAUGGUUUCGAACAUUAAAUCAAGUAUUUAA